ACACAUGAGGAAUUCAACUGAUGGCAGAACUGAUUAAUCAUUGUGGAAGGAGUUGAAUGGUGUCGAAUAACUGCUGGAUUAGAUCAUUACAGCCCUAACGCAGCUCAGAGCAUCAGGAGUGUCUGACUGGGCGAGGAGGAGGAGGAGGAGGAGGAGGCGGCCCCUCCCCUCCCCUCCCCUCCUCCUUCACUCCUGCUGCUGCAGAUCGAUGUGACGGUGUUUGUACCUGAGGACCGAACCUACCUGUGGCUCCUCUCCCAGCAGCUGCACCAUGGGGAUCUCCGCGUCCAGUCUGCUGGAUGAGACCAGAUCCGACUACAUUAAAGGCCAGGCCGAGGCUGAGCUGAAGGAGUUCAGUCCGUACUACAGGAAGCAGUUCUCGGUGGCUCGUUUCUCUCAGGUAGAAGAUGAUCUGGAGCAGCACAAAGAGAAGAUCACACAGCUGCUCCAACAGAGGGAGGCUCCUAAGGAGGGCGAGGUGCUGUAUGAGGAGGGCAUCCUUUACUUUGAUGACAGCAGGAAGUGGAGGGAGCGGUACAUGGUGGUGAGAGCCAACUACUGCCUGGAGUGUCACGACAGCCUGGAGACGUUUGUUAAAGGAAGUCCUCCACGCCAGAAGCUGCUGCCUACAGGGGGCACCGUUCUGACCACAGAGGAGAAGUACAUGGCCAUGGUGGACAGGUGCUUCCCUGAUGAUACCAACGUGAAGGAGGACUUUGCUCCUCCUCUGUCGGGGAUGCCCGGACAGUUUCCCGUCUACCUGCGUUUGCCCUACAGGAGAGACUACUACUUCUGCUUCAGACAACAGGCCCAACAAGCUGCCUUCAUCUCCAUCCUGUCAGACUGCAUCAGACACCAGAACCAAGACUUCCUGAAGAAGAAGACGUGUGAAGUGCAGGCCUUCCUCAAAGCCAUCCAGCUCUACAGACAGGACAAAGGCAAAUACGAGGUCUGGGACAUGCUGAUAGGAAGUGAUGUCAGGGUGAUGGCCAACCUGGUGAUGGAGCAGCUGCUGCCGUCUCUUGAGAAAGACAUGCUGCCUCGUCUCAAAGCCAAGAAGACAGAGAAGAAGAGAGUUUGGUUUGCUACGGUGGAGGCGGCGUACAUCCUGGUCCAGGAGCAUCUGUUGGAGGGACUUUCAGCACUGAAGGAGGAAUGUCAAACGUCGGUCCAGCAGCAGCAGGUGCUCAUCCACUCCGACAUGGACCAGAUCCUCAACUGCAGGCGGCAGCUGGAGGAAAAAGUCCGAGCCAAGGUAUCGGAGCCAGCAGAGAAGCUGUGCUCUGAGUCCGUCCAGCCGUACCUGGGCUCAGUCCUGGAGGAACUGAUGCAGCCAAUCAGCUCUGGUUUCCAGGAGGGACGGCAGCUGAGUGAAAACAUGAUGGACCAGGUGUGUCAGGACGUCCUGCAGGAGGAGCAACUGAAAAAGGCUCUUGCUAACAUGGCGAGCCCGAACCUGCUGAGCUGCUACCAGAAGAUCGGCUCCCUGCAGGAGAGGCUGCAGCACCUGCGGGACAGAUUUGGUUUCUCAAACAUCACAGAAGUGAUCCACAGCGCUCAGAUCGACCUGCAGCAGCUGAUUGAGAAUGCAGCUUACACAUUCGAGCAGCUGCUCCACAAAGCCGUCCAGGACAACCCAGACAACGCCAUCCCUGCUAUCGAAAAGGCCAAACACAGAGUGCUCAAGCAAUAUGAUUACGACAGCAGCACAGUGAGAAAGAGGAUUUCCCGGGAGGCUCUCGUGUCCAUCACUCUGCCCUUCAUCAAGAAGAACUUGGCCCCCACCUGCAAAACUGUGAGUCUCACACACACACACACACACACACACACACACACACACACACACACACACACACACGACCCAUGUAUGUUUCUCUCUGUACAGGAGCUUCAGGGUCUUGAACAGUUCAUCUACGCCGAACACUCCAACUUCAUCCAUGUUGACAACGUUUAUGAGAGCAUCCUCCUGCAAACUCUGGACAAGGAGGUCACCAAAGUGGUGAAGGAGGCGGCGAGCCUGAAGAAGUACAACCUGUUCACAGACAGCAGAGACCUGCUGAGUCAGUCCAGCCGCUCCAGCCUCUCCUCCCCGUCGGUCUCCACUCCGGGCAGCCCCGCCAUGGCGCUCGCCUCCCCCACUAAAACCUCCUUUGAGCCCCAGCUCCCGUCUCCUCUUGCGGUCAACGGUCUGUCGUCCAGCCCCCAGAAGGAAGAGCAGCAGGAGAAAGAGAACGGUGUGCUGCGGAGCGAAGCUUCAGUGGACGUGCCCGUUAUAAAGACGCCUCUGGGGAAGGCUGAACAAAAAGAGGCAGCUCAGAGUGUCGCUGUCAGUCAGGAGGCAGAGGUCCCGGCACCCAAAGCAGAAGAUGUCGUCCAGACUGUGAAGGCAGAAGCAGCUUUAGCAGAUACAGCCACCCAGAGUGAGACACAGGAAGUAAACGUAAAAGCAGCUCCAGAGACUGUGAUCCAAGAGGAAGUGAUUUCUGUCAAAACAGAAAAAGUUGAGACGGCUGCUGAGCCUCAGACGCAGAGCUCAGACGCUACAACAGAAGCAGAAAUCCCCACUGUCGUCGAAAGUAUAAAGACAGAUGUAGAAGCAGCAGCACAGAUAGAAGCUCCUGUACCAAGUCCUGGUCCUACAAAUGAACCAGUAAACACUUCAGCAGAAGGUACUGGUUCCCAAACUGUAGCCAGCAGUGAAGAAAAGACACACUGUGGAAUCUCAGAAAUCAAGUUACAGGCUCCCUCUAGUGGUCAAACACCUGUACUCACACCUAACCCUAAUUCUCUGGACGUGUCAGGGGGAAGUGAGUCAGCUCCAUCACACGUGGAGUCCACGGAGGAAGUCAAAGUGACUCAGAGCAGCGAGGACGAAGUCUCGACGAACCUCGGUAGAUCACCUGUGAGCUCAGACCGUCCCGCUGAGGACAAAACCAGGAGCGACGAGCCGUCUCCUCGGGUCCAGACAGAAGCUGUGAGCGGAGACGUCAGAGUAGGUGGGGACACUGAGGCAGGAGUGUGCGUGGAGGCAGCAGAUGCUACAACAUCUCAGUCUUCGGGGCCCGCCAAAGAUGAACCCCCAUCCAGCCCCGAAGCCCAGCCCCUGGACAGCAUCAAGGAGAUCCGUGACCUGGUGGUGGAGGUGAUCGAGGUGGAGGAGCUGGUGCAGCAUUAUCCCAGUGGAGUUCCAAAAGAGGAGUGAAGCAUCAUGACGACCGAUCACAACAGCAUUACUGUUCUUUCGAGACGAGGGACAAAAGGACGAAGGAUGUUGUGCUGAAGGGAACCAAACCAUUACCAGAACAGUAGCUUCCAUUUCUGGCAGAACUGCCCAUCUGCACGGCCUCAAAAUGUCCUGGAGUUAAACAGAAACAGAAGAAGACUCCUGAGACACAUUCACAAAACCUUCCACGGACACUUUUAAACACAUAUGCAUGAAUUUAUGGUAAAUUAUUUAUACAAAUCAUUUACACAUCAAUAUAUUAGCUGUGUCAGCUGUAUAAAACCAACAGGUCUGUUUCAUUCAGUGACUUUGACGGGAUUUUUUUUAACACUACAAUUAUUUUUAGUUUUGGAAAAUCUAGAUUUAGAAUUAUUUUACCAAGAUUUUGACGACAUUUCUGGAAAUUCCAUUAUGUUGUGGUAGAUUAUGAACCUAUUAAAAAAAAAAAAAUCUACUUUGGAAAAUUUGCUUAUACGCUUUCUUUCUGAUAGUGGGUUGUGAAGAUGGAUAUCAAUCUCAUGUCUGUAUUCUGGAGCUGAGGAUGCGGCUAGCCUACUAGCUUAAACACAAACAUAGUUUAGAAAUCAUUAUAACAGAUAGAUACUUUAAUAUAUUAGACCACAUGAGCUUGAUAAAUACCACUUCCAAAUUCACACCACAGCUGUAGUUUAGGCACAUUUUUCUCUCCUUAAUGUGAUUAUUUGGACCUACUGAAGGAUUUUCUAAAAAGUAGCAGCUCAUCAAUGUGUCUUUACCUCCACGUGCCUUAGAUCACAUGACGACGGAAACCAGCCACUUUCAUGUGGACGCGGUUGCCGUAGAGACUGGGCCGAGUCUGAACGUCUGUGCUUGAGCAUCAACUCCACCUGUGUAGAGCAUCUCAUACAAACAUGGUUAGUAAGACAGUUUACAGUGUGAGUACAGGGAGGAACGUCUGACCAUAAACUGCCCCCCAGAUGAACGCCGGUUAAUGGAAACAUUGUGUGAAUAUAUGAAUAAUAAAAUAAGAGUCUAUAAACAAACAUGCCCUCAAACUGUUUCUGUGUGAACUCUCCACUCUCUGGUUUGAAUGUUGGGAAAACAACACAAACAGUAAAUGCUUUUAUUUGCCAAUAAAACAAAUACAGCAUGA